UUAUCUUUUCAUUUGUCGUGAAAUUUCUGUAAUUAUUAUUAUUUUCUAAAUUUACGCGCAAACACACAUAAAUACAUAAAAAUGGUUUUCAACGCGAUUCGCAAGGCUACGUUUGACCAGCCGUUUGCCGUUUGGGGCCUGGCACUUGGAUUCACAGGACCGCUGCUGAUGCUGACUGUGCCUCCUCUUCGGCAGAAGCUGGGAUACCAGGCGCCUAACGCUAUCCCUGAGAACUAUCCUUUGCCGAACCGUGCUAGACGCGCCACCUCGGGCUUUGAGGACUAAGUGGAUGGUACGCGAAAACAGUGCGGUCUGGUUUUUUUUGGUAACCAGAGGCUGUGCGUGAGAACGAAUCAUACUAUUUUAUUACAAUCGAAUUUUUUCUUCUGCUUUCCUUUAGUCAGUACAUUUUCAUCUUUAGCAACAAUAAUUACCAAAUGAUAAAGUGACAAAGUGGCAGAACGGCACUUGAGAAGAGAGGGUGGGACUUGGAUGCAUGCUGCAUAUAACAGAUGAAAUGACAUUCUUGUUUGUUGGGAUAUCAGAUAUGCAAUACACUAUUUAAAAUGGAUGUUGGAAUUUCCAGACAUUUAUAGCGAAAGUCCAGAUUUUUAAGCGGGGAAUUUUUAAACCCCGU